UGCGUGCCGGACGGCGGCCCCGUCCCGGAAGUUGCUGCGGCCCCGGCGUACACGUGCGGCUGCAAGAUGAAGUUCGCGUACCGGUUUUCAAAUUUGCUGGGUACGGUUUAUCGGCGUGGGAACUUAAAUUUCACCUGUGAUGGAAACUCAGUCAUCAGCCCUGUGGGGAACAGAGUCACUGUGUUUGAUCUUAAGAACAACAAAUCUGAUACCCUACCCCUGGCCACAAGGUUCAACGUGAAGUGUGUGGGGCUGUCCCCUGAUGGCCGGCUUGCGAUCAUCAUUGAUGAAGGGGGCGAAGCGCUGCUGGUCAGCCUGGUCUGCAGGUCUGUGCUGCACCACUUCCACUUCAAGGGCUCUGUGCACAGCAUCUCCUUCUCCCCAGAUGGCAGGAAGUUUGUUGUCACAAAGGGCAACAUUGCUCAGAUGUACCACGCCCCUGGGAAGAAGCGAGAAUUCAAUGCCUUUGUCCUGGACAAAACCUACUUUGGGCCAUAUGAUGAGACCACAUGCAUCGACUGGACGGAUGACUCCAGGUGUUUUGUGGUUGGGAGCAAGGACAUGUCCACCUGGGUGUUUGGAGCCGAGCGCUGGGACAACCUCAUCUACUACGCGCUGGGCGGGCACAAGGACGCCAUCGUGGCCUGCUUCUUUGAGUCCAACAGCCUGGAUCUAUACUCCAUCAGCCAGGAUGGAGCCCUUUGUGUGUGGCAGUGUGAUACCCCGCCCGAGGGCCUGAGACUGAAAGCCCCCACUGGCUGGAAGGCAGACCUGCUACGGCGAGAGCAGGAGGAGGAGGAGCAGGAAGAGGGGGCCGAGAGGGAGACCACCAUCCGAGGGAAGGCCGUGCCAGCCGAGGAGGAGAGGAAGGGGAAAGUGAAGUACCAUAGGCUGGCCAAGUACUUCUUCAACAAGGAAGGAGACUUCAAUAGCCUGACUGCUGCGGCGUAUCACAAGAAGGUGCACCUCCUGGUCACCGGGUUUACAUCUGGCAUCUUCCACCUGCACGAGCUCCCGGAGUUCAACCUCAUCCAUUCCCUGAGCAUCUCGGACCAGAGGAUCUCCUCGGUCGCCAUCAACAGCUCUGGGGACUGGAUUGCCUUUGGCUGCUCAGGCCUGGGCCAGCUGCUGGUGUGGGAGUGGCAGAGUGAGUCCUACGUGCUCAAGCAACAGGGCCACUUCAACAGCAUGGUGUCGCUGGCAUAUUCCCCUGACGGGCAGUACAUUGUCACUGGCGGGGACGAUGGCAAGGUCAAGGUGUGGAACACCCUUAGUGGCUUCUGCUUCAUUACUUUCACGGAGCACUCAAGUGGGGUCACUGGCGUGACUUUUACUUCCAGUGGCUACGUCAUCGUGUCCUCGUCCAUGGAUGGCACUGUGCGAGCCUUUGACCUUCACAGGUACCGGAACUUCCGGACCUUCACGUCUCCCCGCCCCACCCAGUUCUCCUGCGUGGCUGUUGACUCCAGUGGGGAGAUCGUCUCUGCGGGUGCCCAGGACUCCUUUGAGAUCUUCGUGUGGUCCAUGCAGACAGGCAGGCUCCUCGACGUCUUGUCCGGUCACGAGGGCCCCAUCAGUGGUCUGUGUUUUAACCCAAUGAAGUCCAUUCUGGCCAGUGCCUCCUGGGACAAGACAGUGCGCCUGUGGGACAUGUUUGACAGCUGGAGGACUAAGGAGACACUGACCCUCACUUCUGAUGCCCUGGCUGUGACCUUCCGGCCCGAUGGUGCGGAGCUGGCCGUGGCCACGCUGAACUCGCAGAUCACCUUCUGGGACCCUGAGAAUGCUGUACAGACUGGCUCCAUUGAGGGCAGGCCUGACCUCAAGGCAGGCCGGAAGGAGCUGGACAAGGUCACGGCCAAGCACUCCGCCAAGGGCAAGGCCUUCACCACGCUGUGCUACUCUGCGGACGGCCAGAGCAUUCUGGCAGGGGGCGUGUCCAAGUUCGUGUGCCUCUACCAUGUCCGCGAGCAGAUCCUGGUAAAGAGAUUUGAGCUCUCCUGCAACCUCUCCUUGGAUGCCAUGGAGGAGUUUCUGAACCGAAGAAAGAUGACGGAAUUCGGCAACCUGGCGCUCAUUGACCAAGACGCUGGGGAGGAGGAGGGGGUGGCCAUUCCGCUGCCAGGAGUGAGGAAAGGUGACAUGAGUUCUCGCCACUUCAAGCCUGAAAUCAGGGUGACUUCCCUGUGCUUCUCUCCCACUGGGCGCUGCUGGGCGGCCACCAGCACAGAGGGGCUGCUCAUCUUCUCACUGGAUGCUCGGAUGCUCUUUGACCCUUUCGAGCUGGACACCAGCGUCACCCCUGGGCGGGUACGUGAGGCACUGCGGCAACAGGAAUUCACCCGCGCCAUCCUCAUGGCCUUCCGGCUCAACGAGAGGACGCUGACACAGGAGGCACUCGAGGCCGUGCCCUGGGCAGAGAUUGAAGUCGUCAGCGCGUCCCUGCCCGAGCUGUAUGUGGAGAAGCUGCUGGAGUUCUUGGCCUCCUCCUUUGAGGUCUCUCGGCACCUCGAGUUCUACCUCAUCUGGACGCAGAAGCUGCUCAUGCUGCACGGGCAGAAGCUGAAGUGCAGGGCAGGGCAGCUGCUGCCAACGGUCCAGUUCCUGCAGAAGGGCAUCCAGCGGCACCUGGACGACGUGGCCAAGCUCUGUGACUGGAACCGAUACAGCAUCCGGUACGCCCUGGCGGUCUCCAGGCAGCGGGGCACAAAGCGCACCCUGCAAGAGUCAGGGCUGGAGAAGGACGCUGAGACCUCAGAUGAGGACGCCGAGACCUCUGACGAGGACAGUCUUCACCUGCUCGGAGGAGCCGAGGACACAAUGCUGGCUUAGCUGGCACGUGCGGAGGAGAGGGACUGGUGGGCUGGGGUGCAUGAGAUGCUGAGACAGCGCUUGCACCACCCAUAAACCCAUCUGGCCAGCCUGGCAGAUCCUGUGCACAGUGGGCCCGGGAACUGCAGGUGGUAGUUGUCAGUGUGGCCUUUGUGAGGCUCACAUUGGUGGACUUGUAAACCCUGUGAGUUAUUUAUAUUUUGAAUACAACGACCUGGGGAUGAUCUCAGGAAAUGCAGGGUUAAGUGUAAA